CGCAGUACGGACUUCAGUUUUGGUCAGGGCAGAGCAGGACGCCGUCUGUAUACUGUGUCCACCACGGGCAAAACAUAGGGUAAAGAGCACCUCAAUGUUUCUUUACAAGUGCGCCGCUUAACUGCAAUUGCAAUCUGGUGAUCGAAGAUGUCAUUCAUACGUGUGGCCCUUCUCGCACUCCUGUGCCAGAAGGGCACCCACAGCAAAGCCAUCAACUCCUUCGCGGGCCCUUACACACUUUACACCGAACGCUUUUAUAUGUGUGAACUAAAUCGCUCGUUUCCUGCUUGGGGAUGGCAUUUCCGUACUACUCGCUUCAAUCCAUAUAAACCAAGAGAAAUUCAACUACUAACUGGCAACUUAACGGUUAGUCAGCCUAUGGAUGACAGCUCCUGGGGGAAAAUAGUAAUGGAUGUUUGGGCACAUGACCAAUGGAAGGAAAACUCUUUCGUCUUUGAAUUUAAAAACAAAGGAUGCACGAAUCUUAAACAAAAUAUCCCUAGCUUUUACGAACAUGCAUUUAAGAAGAGAGAAACUAAAGCCUCUUGCAUUAUCCGACCUGGAGUUUACGAGCUAAAUGACGCCCCAGUUAAAUGGGAGUAUCCCAAUUUGCCAAUCAUGCCUUACGGACGAUAUAGGUUGAAAAUGAAGGCAGGCAAUACUGACCCAUACUGUUGCUUCAUGGUGGACGUUAGGGUAAUCCCUAAAGUCGAUUAACACACCAGAACGUACAGAGCGGUCCGCAGACCCCUUCCUUUAUUUUGCUUAUACUGUACCGCAUGCAUCUGGGCGGGCGGGCUUGCCUACUGUCGCUCACCAUGGGCGCCUUAUGGCCCCGUGUGAGUAUGCAACCCGUCCGCACGCCUGCAUGCGGUACAGCAUAAGCAAAAUAAAGGAGGGAGUCUGUGGAUCACCCUGUAUAUUGUUAGAUUAUUGCCACACACACUACAUACCUGGUAUAUUUUGCGUGAGUUCCAAAUAAAUAGUUUAAACGGCGCAUAACAACUAA